GCUGGAGGAGACCCCUGGAGAGACACUUCAGGUCAGGGUUGGCGACACUGGGCGAGAUGGACGGAGGGCAGAAAGCCUCAGGAGACGCCGGAGAGGGCUUCCUGUGCCUUCAGACCAGGCUUGGGUCCUGAUUUGUUUUUUGUUGUUUAGAAGUAACGCAAACUGAUAAUGAUAACAAUAAUCCGAUGCACAAGAGCUGAAAUCUUAAAUUCAGGCUGCAAUCCUGUAAUAAUAAAGCUGAAACCUUACACUGGGACUGCAACCCUGCACCCAUUACCCUCAGUGGAGCUUACUUCUGAGUAUAGGAUUGCCCUGAUAGAGCUUGGGAAACUACAACUCCCAUCAACCCGAGUCACCAUGGCCACUUGAUUUGACUGAUGGGAGUUGUAGUUCAAAAAAUGUAACAUAAGGCCCGUGGCAGUCUCUGGGGUCUCCCAACCGCGGGGGUUCCUCCACGUGACCCAACGGCUUUAUUGCGGAGGAAGGCGACGGCACUGACCUUCAGCGUCCAAAACGCCAGCAUCUUCCGCAUGGGUGUUUAAUGAGACAAGUUCACUGGAGACGGAGCGCUUUGAGGAGUUGCCCCUUUGCUCCUGCUGCAUGGAAGCACCUACUAUUCAGCGCCUUAGCCAGCAGGCGAGAAAGCAAUGCAUGGCAACUGAGAGUGCCGAUGGAGAGAGCACUGUCUCCAGCUCCAAACGUGAGCCCCAGAAGUCCUGGUGGAAUGACAACCCCUGGGUCAAGCCGUCCCGCAAACGCAAGCGCAAAGAACUGCACCCCAGUGAUGCCAGAGGGCUGAAUGGUGGUCCUUCAACCACACAGAGGGUGUUUAAUGAGACAAGUUCACUGGAGACGGAGCGCUUUGAGGAGUUGCCCCUUUGCUCCUGCCGCAUGGAAGCACCUACUAUUCAGCGCCUUAGCCAGCAGGCGAGAAAGCCAUGCAUGGCAACUGAGAGUGCCGAUGGAGAGUUGAAUGGCUGCAGCAGCAGCAUCUUGAAGCGGGAGAAGAUGCGCCCCUCCAGCCGGGUUCCCCUCAUGGUCCUGUGCGAGGCCCAUCGAGCCAGGAUGAUGAAGCACCAUUGCUGCCCUGGCUGUGGCUACUUCUGCACUGUGGGCACCUUUUUGGAGUGCCACCCUGACUUUGUCGUGGCUCACCGCUUCCACAAGGCCUGCGUGUCCCAGCUCAACGGCAUGAUUUUCUGCCCACACUGUGGGGAAGAUGCUUCCGAGGCCCAGGAAAUCACGAUAGCCAAGGCAGACACCUCCACUCCUGUCCCCACUCCGCCUUCCCACGGACAGGGAGCCUCUGAGACCACAGGCCGUGCUGACACUACCCAACUCAGGCUCAAGAAGCUGCGAUUUCACUCCCGCCGGCUGCAUCUCUCAGUUAAGCAAGGGGAGCUCCAGAAAGUGGUUCUGAUGUUGCAUGUCUGGCCUUCUUUUCCCGUGGACUGCUUGGACCCCAGUUUUCAGAGGGAGCAGCGGAGCAAGCGAUUCCCACUGCAUGCCACUGCACAGAAGGGCUUCCUGGAAAUCUGCCAUGUGUUGCUGCAGGCUGGGGCCAACAUAAACACGGUGGACAAGUUGCAUCGGACCCCUCUAAUGGAAGCUGUUGCAAACAACCAUGUGGAGUUAGCACGUUACUUGGUCAGAAGGGGUGGCUGCGUUUACACGAAGGAGGACGAUGGAUCUACCUGUCUCCAUCACGCUGCCAAGAAUGGCAGUGUGGAGAUGGUCAGCUUGCUGCUAUCCACAGGACAGGUGGACGUCAACGCCCAGGAUAGCGGAGGUUGGACCCCCAUUAUCUGGGCUGCCAAGCAUAAGCACAUUGAGGUGAUCCGCAUGCUGCUUACCCGGGGAGCCCACAUUGCGUUGACUGACGAAGAAGAGAACAAAUGUUUGCACUGGGCCUCCUUCACAGGGAGUGCAGAGAUUGCUGAAGUCCUCCUGAAUGCCCAGUGUGACCUCCACGCUGUCACUUUCCAUGGAGACAUACCUCUGCACAUAGCUGCCUGGGAGAGCUACCACAAGUGUUUCCUCCUAGUCCUGCCGUGGGGGGUUGACACUGAAGUGCAGAACAAGGAAGGGGACUCACCUGUGGACCUGACCUUGGAGAACUCCGAGGUGUGGUUUGCCCUGCAGCCGAAUCACUCCGUGCACACUGAGCGCAUCAUCAGCAGGGACGUGGCCCGUGGCUUUGAGAAUGUGCCCAUUCCCUGCGUCAACUCCGUGGACGAUGAGCCCUGCCCAGAUGAUUACAAAUACAUCUCGGAAAACUGUGAGACUUCCACCAUGAACAUUGACCGCAACGUCACCCACCUGCAGCAUUGCACAUGCCAGGAUGACUGUUCCUCCAGGAAUUGUCAAUGUGGGCAGCUCAGCAUCCGCGGCUGGUAUGACAAGGACGGACGCUUGCUGCAAGAAUUCAACAAGAUUGAGCCACCCCUGAUCUUUGAAUGUAACCAGGCCUGCACCUGCUGGAGGAACUGCAAGAACCGUGUAGUACAGAGCGGCAUCAAGGUCCGUUUACAGCUAUACCGCACUGCCAAAAUGGGGUGGGGAGUCCAAGCACUGCAGACGAUUCCUCAAGGAACCUUUAUAUGCGAGUACGUGGGGGAAUUGAUUUCCGAUGCUGAAGCUGAUGUAAGAGAGGAUGACUCCUACCUAUAUGAUCUGGAUAAUAAGGACGGUGAGGUGUACUGCAUCGACGCACGUUACUAUGGCAACGUCAGCCGCUUCAUCAACCACUUGUGUGAUCCCAACAUCAUCCCUGUGCGGGUGUUCAUGCUGCACCAGGACCUGCGUUUCCCCCACAUUGCCCUCUUCAGUAGCCGGGACAUUCAGACUGGCGAAGAGCUAGGCCUUGACUACGGCGACCACUUCUGGGACAUCAAGAGCAAAUACUUCACGUGCCAGUGCGGCUCAGAGAAAUGCAAGUACUCUGCUGAGGCGAUCGCCCUGGAACAAAGCCGCCUGGAGGCCCACCAGGACGCCUUGCCCGACAGCAGCAGCCUUCCUGCCGCUCAGGCCUAACUAAGCCAGGCUCAGCUGCCAGUCCUGAACGUCGCCGGGACCCUUCCCCCCCCUCUGUGCUGCACUUCCAGGGCAAGCGCGACGGACUGCAGCAGAAGCUCUUUCUGUGUGAGGGGAGAGUUUGCCAUCACGUUUGGGGUGGGGUGGGGCGAGAGAGAACAGAGAAAGUGUGUCCUAUUCCGGGGGGGUGAAAAAGGAGAAGCCUCUCUACGUUCAGAGCACAGGUGAGGAAACUGCAGCCCUCUCAACUUUGCUGGACCCUCAGCUCCCUUCAGCCCCAGGCAGCAAAGCCAGUGGCCAGGGAUGAUGGGGGUUGUACUUCAAGAACAACUGGAGGACACGAGUUUCCCCCAUUCCCUGGUGUAGAGCAUGGAUGGGAAACCAGACGUUGCUGGACUACAACUCCCAUCAGCCCUCAUUGUUGGCCAUGCUGGCUUGGGCUGAUGGGAGUUGGAGUCCUGCAACGUCUGGAUGCUGCAGGUUCCCCAACCCUGGCAUUGCAUAGGACAAGAGCAACGUGCGUGCGUUUGUGUGUGUGUGUAGGUGCUCAGAUUCUCUCCACCCAUACGGCCAGACCAAUACAACGUGGGAUCCGUCCACAAUUUUGUGUUUCUUGCCGCCGGCUGGGAAAACCUGGAAGUACGUACCUUUUUUUCUCCAUGUGUUGAGGCAGAUUCAUUGCCUUGCACUCGUGUUACUUGCAUGUAGGGCAUAAUCAUGUAAAGACCUGAAGCAGGACCGCAUGUGGAGCCCUGCGCCCCCAGCUUCCUUCGACAGUUGUGCGUUGUGAACAGUUGUCUGAAACAAACAAGCCAACGGACCCAGCACAUGGGCUCCUGUUUGCAAGUAAGGAUUGCACAGGAAUGCAACACGCCUUUUUUCAAUUAUUAUUUUAAGAAAACCGUGUGCGGCAUGGAUGUUGAAGAAAGAAGACCCAACGUUGAGGAUAGGGUUAAUGGGACGCAGCAUCACUCUGCCCUCUAAGUCAGAGGUGAGGACACUGUGUGGCCCGUCUCCAGAGGUUGUUGGACUCCCAAUUCCCAUCAGCCCCAGUCCAGCAACUUCUGGAAGGCCACAGCUUCCUCACUUUCUGUCUCCUGAUUAUGCACCAUGCACAAGUAAUACAAUUCAUAGGGCUAUAGUUCAGCUGUUUUGUUUACAAAUGUUUUGAAUUGGAGCCAAGGCCCAUUGUGCUCUCUGUUCUUUCCUCUUUCCCUCUUUCUGAGCCACCAGCACAGCUCCCCAGCCUUGCCAAGUCUCUGACCCAUGCCUCUGUUUCUGUAGUCCCAGGCAGCAAUAGCCAAAGGUGCAUCAAGGCACUGGUGGCUGCCUUAGGCUUAAUGGGUCACAGGCUUUACAAGCCUGCCCUAACGCAUCCCACCAGCCCUGUAUGGCAGCCCACUAGAGGCCCAGUAAACCUGCAGCUUUUGCUGUUGAAACCAGGUGGCUUUCAAGCCCCUGGGAGGCCACAAUAUGUACUGGCAAGUAAGAUCCCAUGUGGUUUGCCAGGUCAUCGUUUUGUUCCGACCGGAUCUCUAGAGCCAGAAGGUUUUGAUGGUUAUGUUCAGAGGCCAUGCUGCCAUCUUCUGAUGGAGAGGAUGUGUGUGUGUGUUCUUGUCUCACUUCCUGUCUGGUCCUCACCAGCGAGAAAAAAACCUGUUUUUUACAUGGCCUUUUUCUUGGUUUGGGGCCAAGUUAAUGUUUAGCUUUCGUGUGUAACACCAGAUUCAGCUUUGAAUUGGAGUCGAGGCUUGUCCAAGCCCCCUCUAGGGAAGCUCAGUUAUGGUCUCAUAGCUGCCUCUCCUUUCAACCCCAAGAACAGCAAGAAGUCUUCAUUCAGUUUGGAGGGGCCAGCCUCCUCUCUCUCUCUCUCUCUUUUUUAUGGGUUUUCACUUUUUUGUUUUUAAAACUGUAACUUUCUGGCGCCAUAAAUCCAAUAAACGUUGGCAUCUGGUGAUUUUUGAUACACAA